AUUCGAGUGGUCGGUCCAAUUGUGUGCAAACAUAGUUGCAAGGAAAUUUUUCAGUGCUAAGUUAACCGUGCGGCUUAAUUUUUGUUUGUGUUUCUGAGUGAGAGAGUGCAGCGUUUGCCAGUGUGCGGCGUGUGUGUGUGCGGGGCACUAAAAUGGCAAGUGCAUAAAUAAUUAUGCUAACGGACUAUGCGCUGAAUGUGUAUGUGAAAAGCCAGGAACCGAAAAAAAGUGCAGCAGCAUUAGCUGAGAAACAGCAGAAGUCCCACCGAUCGCCGCUGGCGCAUCUAGGAGUCGAAAAGAGCUGCAUCCAUUUCAUAACCGACAAAUCGAUCUGGGCGAAGGGCUGGUCCUACUCCCACCCAUCGGGCAUUACAGCGAAAAUCGUUUGGUGGGGUGAGGGUGAGAAGCCCGAAACAGCAGGCAGCGUCAGCAUCAUCAGCUGUGACGCCUGCACCGCCGCCCACAUCAGGGGCAGCGGCAGAGACGGGAACAGCGACAAAAAGCUCUGCGCAGGCAAACGCAGAAAUCAGAAGCAAAGGUCAAGUCAACAGCAGCGGCAGCAUCAUCCCCAUCGGCAGCAUACCAAUACUAAUACAUGCACCACCAAUAAAUUACGGUACAGCGUACGGAGCAAGAGCCUUGCCUUAUUUUUAGACUAUCUGCGCGAGUGUCCCUCUAUUCAAAUUGUCGCUGCCGGCAGUGACGUCAGCGACCACGCCUACGAUCAUCCUCUCGGCAGCGGUACAGCAGCAGCAGGAGGAGCAUCACUUGGCCAGACACGUCUUCCCGUGCCGGCGCCACUGUUGCGUAAAUACGCCGCCAACUACGUCAACGGUUGCAAUUUCGAGCAUAAAACCAAAAUUUAUGCUUUAUAUCGUCACCUCGAGAUCGGUGCCCCGUUCGAACAAGUGCAACAGCAACAGCAGCUGAGAGUCGGUAAGAUUCAAUUGCGUAUCAAGAUGCUCUUUGCCGAGGCGGCGCCACCCAGCACUGCCUCCAGCGUCAUUUCUGCUGUUGCUGUUGCUGCUGCUGCUGCUGAGCCGCCGCCAGCGCCCCCGCCGACCGCUCUGCUGCAGGAUCAGCCGGGAGAGCUCAUUGCAGGCACCCCCAACAACCUUGAGCUAAUGGAGGCCAUGAAGAAACUGGACGCGGAUCUGGUGGCUCUCUUUGCCACCGCCGCCGCUGAGCCGUUGGAGCAGCUGAAGAAGCAGCAGAAGCUGUGGCCGGAGCAGGAACUCCAGCUGCAGCAGUCCCCUGCUGAUACGGAGCUGGUCAUCACGCCGGAGAUCUUCCAGCGCUGCAAUGCGCUGCAGCUGCACCUGGAGGCGGUUACCCUGCAGCCGGAGGGCACCCAGCGCAUGGAGCUGCUGCAGAGCGAGGUGCGUCCCAUCUUCACCGUGGAGUGCCAGCUGUCCGAGGACCUGAUCAAGUCGGUGGCCCGCUAUCCCAUGUUCCACGUGAUGCAGUUCGAGUCGGAGAAGUUCCAGAGCCUGACGCAGUGCACCCGUUUCGGGCAGACGCAGACGCGCGAGGUGCAGCUGGCCUGGAACGACAACGAAGACAUGGGUCAUGUGGAUCUGACCAUUUGGUGGCGUGAGCCGGGCACCUGUCUCAACGAAAUGCUGGGCAUGGGCCGGCUCCACCUCAGGGAGCUGUACGAGGCCUCGCUGCUGGAGCAGUGCAAGUGCGUGGCCGUGAAGCGGCGCGACGUCCACCUGGGCAGCAUCUAUGUGAAGAUCAGCCUGCGCUUUGACGAGCAGCUGGAGGCCAGGCGCCUGGCCAACAAGAAUUCGGCGAAUAUGGUUGGCCAGAAGCCGAACCAAAACCCAAAACAGAUUCCCAAUCAGAAUCAGAACCAGAACGAAACUGGCAGCAGCAGUGGCAGCACCAAUCAAGCAGCAACCGCCCCAGCUAACCACAGUUCAAAGGAAGCUCUGACACCCCCACAACCACCGCCACCGCCGCCGCCUCCCCCCAAAGCAAACGGCAACAGGAAAGCCUUACUGGCCAGCGUGAAUUUCAUGGCAGAGACAACCAAGGUCCGGCUCCUGCGGGGCUACAUCUACGCGGGAGAGUUGCGGCAAUUGUCCCCGACAGACACUGCCGUCGGCCAGGAGCUCUCGCUGCAGCCAUUCUGGCAGCCACAGCCUCUGGUGGCCAAGCUCAACGAUGUGGGCUCGUUCCAGCUGCAGGAGCAGUUCGCCAUCAUCAACGAUGAGAAGUUUCUGCUGAGCGUCGAUCGUCAGCAGCUGUUGAUGGAGCUGCGUCCGCUGGGCGGUCUGGUGAGGCUGCCGCUCCAUCAGUUCUACAUUGCGUACAGGGAUGCCAGCAUUACCAAUCAUCUGUGCAAGGGAAAGCUACCCGUCAUCUCCAUCGAUGGCUGGGCUCCCAUUGUCCAUCCGCAGACGCAGGCGCAGCUGGGCGAGCUCAAGGUGCUCCUUGCCAUUGGCAGCGAGUCACAGAUUGCCCAAUUGAAGCAGCAGCGUGGCUUUGACCAGGACAACAAUCAAGUGCCCACGAGCAGUCGCACCACAGAUCUGCUGGACAUGCUCCAGAAUGCACUGACUGCGUCUCCACCACCCGCGAAAGUUACUACUGGCGCUGGGCCAAGUCCGCCUAUAGCUGGAGCAGCUCCCUCAGCGGCCAGCAAAUUCAGUUUCGACUUGCAUAUUGUGGGAGCAGCCGGAUUGCCCCUGAAUCCGGGCUAUGGGAAAUCGGGCAAAAAGCAGGCCAAGCGUCAGGCUGCAGCCAAACAGCGAUUCCCACCCAACGAAUCGCCCAACACCUAUGUGACCUUCCAGGCCCUGAAAAGCAACAGUCCGACGUACAAGUCGCACGAGGGUCUGGUCUAUGCCACGCCCGUUGUAGAGAAGUCCACCACACCGCAGUGGCGGACCAAGUUCCGGGUGGAAGUGAGCCUGGAUUACCUAAACAAUCCCCAGAAACUGUUCAUUCUGAAGCUGUGGAAGAAGGCUGCCAUCAAUGCAAGCGGCAGCACCGAGCCCACUCCGUUGGAGGAUGCCAUCAUUGGGUUUGCUGCAUUGAAUCUCAGUCACAAGAAGCCAGGUGGCGAGCCGGCUUUUCCCAGUGGAUGGCAUAACAUAGUCGAUUUUAAUGGGCGCGUGACCGGCGGCCUCGAGGCUCACGUGGAGCCACUGCCACCGCCCGGAGGCACCAGCAUGGAUACUGUGAUAGAUCAAUUCGAGCAGUCCAUGGAGCUGACCCACCUUCAUCUGGGCCAGGCCAUCAAGCGAAAGUACACGGAGCUGGAACAAAUCUCACAAAGAUUGCGCACACGUCUGGUGGACGUCACGGAGGAGGCCCUGACCUCUCCGGAGUACGAUUUGGAUGCAGCACUGGAUAACUGGAAGAUGGUAGAGACGGAUGGGUACGACGACGAACUGGUGGCCGAUUUUGAGCGGGCCCUGCGUACACCCACGCCCCCCAAUUCGCCACCGCCCACCGCACAAAGGCCAAGUAAUGAAUCUGGCCGGGAAUAGCCCAGGCCUGAACCCACACUUAGUCAGGCAACUUUUUUCCCCUCUCUGCAUCUCGAUGUUAUCGUUGAUAAAGGCUCAUUGCUAGCUCUAGUUAACCAUCUAGUUAUACAGUAUAUAUUAUAUGGAUCUUGAUCACGAUCACGAUCAUGCACACCCACACCCACACCCUCCCACGCAACCAAACGCAUAUUGUACUUAAAUUGGCAUCCCACUUUGCCUCGAUUCACCUUUUGAUGGCUGUCUAUAUAGCAUAAAAUCAAACAAGCAGCAACGAUCACCCAGCGAUCGUUCCAUUGAAAUACAAAUGAUUGAUUGAUUGAAUUAUUGCUUGGGGAGCAUCGAUCCCCAGGCCACAUGCAUUAUAUUAUGUAUUAGUUCUGAAACUGUGUUAAUCACCUAAGUAUUUAGACAUUAUUACUUAAUGAAAAUUUAAAUAAAAAUGCUAAAGCAAAGUGCACACAAGGUA